AUGGCUCCUCUGUGGCCCUUCAUCCUGGUGGCUGCCUCAGAAAUCCUAGCCAUAGAUACGCCUCAUCCCAGGAAUCCUGCUCUGUAUCGUCUCACCAAGCAGCUAUUACAGAAAUAUCACAAGGCAGUGAGGCCAGUUCACCACUGGACCGAGGCCACCAUGGUAUACCUGGAUGUGUUUGUCCACGCCGUACUGGAUGUGGACGCACAGAACCAAAAAUUAAAGACAAGUAUAUGGUACCAUGAGGUUUGGGAUGAUGAAUUUUUAUCCUGGAACCCCAGCAUGUUUGAUGAGAUUAGGGAGAUCUCUCUACCUCUAAGUGACAUCUGGGCCCCUGACAUCAUCAUUAAUGAGUUUGUGGACAUUGAGGGAUCACCCGACCUUCCGUAUGUCUAUGUGAACUCAUCUGGGACCAUUAAGAACUCUAAGCCUAUCCAGGUGGUCUCUGCAUGUGCUUUAGAGACCUACGCAUUUCCAUUUGACACCCACAACUGCAGCCUGACCUUCAGUAGCGUGCUGCAUACAGUGCAAGAUGUUGACCUGGCCUUCCUGAGGAGCAAAGAAAACACGAAGCAUGACAAGAAGGAAUUUUUGAACGACAGUGAGUGGGAGCUUCUUUCUGUGUCCCCAACGUACAACAUCCUGCAGAGCAGCGCUGGAGACUUUGCCCAGAUUCGGUUUAAUGUGGUGAUUCGCAGGCGCCCGCUGGUCUACAUUGUGAGCCUGCUGAUUCCCAGCAUCUUCCUAAUGCUCGUGGACCUGGGGAGCUUCUACCUACCACCCACCUGCCGUGCCAGGAUUGUGUUCAAGACCAGCGUGCUGGUGGGCUACACUGUCUUCAGGGUCAACAUGUCUGAUGAGAUGCCAAGGAGUGCACUGAGCACCCCUCUGAUUGGAGUCUUCUUCACGGUGUGCAUGGCCUUGCUGGUUAUCAGCUUAUUUACGUCCAUCCUGUUGGUCAGACUCCUCCAUGAUGAGUGGAGCAUCGGGCAGGAGCGGCCCCUCUUGUGCUUUCAAGGGGACACUGAUGCUGAUGGGCCUAGAGUAGAUCCCAGAGCCCAGCUUGCUGGGAUAGCAGAGCCCUCCAUCUGUCAAGAGCACCAGGUCCAGCCAGGGACCCUGCAGGAAGUCUGGCUGGAGCUUAAGUCCAUCGGCACCUACUUCCAGACUUGGGAGCAGGCAGACCAGCAGGAGGUUAAGUGGCUGGCCCUCCUGGAACGUUUUGACCGACUGCUCUUUCAAGCCUACACCAUCGUGCUGGGACUCUAUACCGUCACCCUGAGCUCCCUCUGGGCUCUGUGGGGCAGCUCGUGAACAGCGGUGGCUGCUGCUCUCUUAGCACUUGGGGCAGGCUGGCGCAUCUUGUCAGGGCUGGAGAGGGAGGCACGGUGGGUUAAAAAGCUCCUCACCUUUUAUUGCUCUUGUCCUUCAGUGCAGGUGCUCACACUUGAGGAAGUACUGAGUGACCCAGGAUUAGGCAUUCAUGAUGAAAAUGUCCGGACAUCUCAAGGUAUACAGUGAAAAGGAAGCCUACCUUCUUGUUCCAGUUCACUCCCCCAAAGUGACCACCAUUAGCAAUCUCCUUCAGAACAUUUCUAGGUACAUCACAUACAUGUAUGUUGAGAGGUGGUGGUUGUUGUUUUUUCUUCUUUUUAAGUGUAAGAUCACUUCAACCCCCAGUUCGAUCUUGGUCAUUCAGUCAACCAUUCAAAAUGUUUACUGAGUGUCAGUUAAGUCCUAGGUAUUAUGUGAGGCACACCAGAGAAUACAAAAUACGUCGGUCACAGACGAUUCUUCCCUUGACUUGAUUCACAAGGUCACCUUGCACAAAGCAGAAUGCAAGAUUUGCACCACAUGUGUGUCCUGAAGCUCUCGU